CGAGGAAGCCGACCGUGCGCUUCCACACUCUCUGAGCAGGCGCGAGGCGUAUGUGAGGUGUUGCGGAAAGAAACUUUUGUGUUUACCUGUUGGUGAUGCGAAUAUUCUUCGCGGCUUGAAUUUCUUCUCGAAAAGUGACACACUCGGACGUGCCUGUGGACCAUCAGUUUGCAAUUUGCUGCUAAAGAUAUUCAAUAGAAAGACCUAACUUGUGCGGCGCCGAGGCCCAACAAAGCGCAAUGUCUCCCAUAGAGCAAGACAAGGACGGCGCCCAGCACGUCGCCUUCCAACUGAAGGAGAUGCCCGAAGGCUCAGGCGAGGAUGGCAUCGCCUCCUGCCCUUCUGGAGACCCUGCGGAGACCGAGGACGACGAAGAGAGGGACAAGCUGCCGUUCCUCAACCACGGCAGGUACUCCACCGUCUCCGCCCCGGGCAUGCCGACGAUCACCUCCAAGUCGUCCUUCGUGGGCCUCGUGUCCAAAGCCUCCUUCAGCGGUCUCAGUUCCAGGCCCUCGAUGGUGUCCCUCCGCUCCACCAUCUCGAGGGUCAACAGCGAACUGUACCCCGAAAGGGACUCGUUCGUGGCCCAGAGCAUUGGCCAUUCCCUGGCCGAACUGCCCAACCUGGCCCAGAAGAUGUACAUCAUUACACAGGUGCUGGCAGCUGUAUCGGUCUCCAUAGGCUCAAUGGCUGUAGGCUUUAGUGCGGCCUACACCUCUCCCGCUCUCGCCUCCCUCGACGCCCCAAACUCUACCCUGACUGUCGACGAGGACCAGAAGUCGUGGAUCGGAUCCCUAAUGCCCCUCAGCGCCCUGACGGGAAGCUUUAUCGGGGGCUACUUGAUCGACGCCAUUGGAAGGAAAAUGGUCAUCCUCUUGUGUGGUCCGCCAUUUAUAUUGGGUAAGAAUAUUUUGUUUUUAUUUUUUUAUGUUUUAUUUUAUUUUAUUUGUUAUCAUUCUCUUAUUGGUAAUUUAGGUAUCCUCGUCUGUUUCCUGGUUGGCUCGUACGUCAACUGGUGGUGGCUAGCGUUCGUGGGGUCAAUUAUUCCUUUGAUCUUUACUACCCUGAUGUGCUUCGUGCCCGAGACCCCUCGAUGGUACAUCUCCAGAGAUCGCGUAGAAGACGCCCAAGCCUCGCUAGAAUGGCUACGAGGAUCAGCCUCCGACGUGGACUUUGAACUCGACGCCAUCCAGCGGAACUACGAAAUAGCAAAGCAAGAAUCCUCUUCUCUGAAGGACUUGUUUAGACGCCAGUAUGCCAAACCCUUCUUGCUUGCCAUGGGCCUCAUGCUCUUCCAACAGCUGUCUGGCAUCAACGCCGUUAUUUUCUACACCGUGUCGAUCUUCAAGAUGUCAGGUUCUACCAUUAACAACUACCUGUCGACCAUUAUCGUCGGCGUGGUGAACCUGAUCUCCACCUUCCUCGCCAACGUCCUUAUUGACCGACUAGGGAGAAAGAUCCUCCUAUACGUCUCAAGCGUCCUGAUUGUAUUGUCACUCGUCGCUUUGGGAACUUUCUUUUACAUCAAGGAAACGGCGGAAAACGCGAUAUCUAUCGCCGAGGCCAUGAAUCUGACCGCAGGUGCUGGGAACAGCACGGAUGACGUCACGGGCUGGAAAGAGACCGUCGACAACCUCUCAUGGCUGCCCCUCGUCAGCUUCAUGGUCUACGUGGUCGCUUUCUCUCUAGGAUGGGGCCCCAUCCCAUGGCUCUUCAUGGGGGAGGCCCUGCCCGUCAAGAUCAGGGGCCCCGCCGCCUCCAUCGUCACGGCUUUGAACUGGUCCUGCACUUUCGUCAUCACCAAGACUUUCCCCGGGAUGGUGGAGCUGAUCGGACCAUCCUACGUGUUCUACAUGUUCACGGCCAUCAUGACCUUAGCGACCUUGUUCGCUUUCUUCCUCGUACCCGAGACUCGAGGGAAGACACUCGAGGAGAUCGAGGAGGAGCUUUCAGGAAGGAGCAGCCUGCGAAACCGCAAGAUCAGUACCGUGUCCGGCCUGCACAUGUAGGACUCUGGCUGUGUUUACGUUAAGAAGGACAAAAGCAUGCAGGUUACCUGGCCUGUGCCGCGUGCGAGGCGCUUGGUUCCCACGUGUGAGAAAGCGUACAAGGCGGACGCUGCACACUGCCGAAUUCAAACGCUUCCCUCUUCGUUUUUCAUCACGAUGUGGCUAGUCAAGGGAAAGGGAUAAAACCCUUUGUAGAAACUGUCAACGCUUGUUUGGCAAUGGAAAUGACAUAAAUUUGGCUUCGACGCCGUCUGUUCAGUGUGAUUUUUUUAUUGCACUCUGUCAGGGAAUCUAAACUCAGCGAAGUUUAGAUAUAAAACAUUUUUGUCGUCAGAACUAGUAGGGUGAAACGGCAUUCUUCCACGGAAUCUAUAUAAAGUACUUUUUUGUAUUUAAAAAAUGAUAAUGAUUUCGUGUCAAUGAAACCUAAAUACUUUGCUCUCUUACCUUUUAACAUCACGGAAAUUUGUGAUAGUUUCUGCUGGUGCUAUCUGAUUCGUGUCGAACACUUUUUUUGUCGUUUAUUCUCUUAUGACCCUAAGGAAAUGGAACUCGGCUGACAUCAUACACGCAAGAAAUGGAUUUCAAACAAAUUGCUGAACAUGUUAAUGUUUCGGUUAUAUUUAUACAUUCCUUAGAAACGAACAUGUGUAAAAUAGGCUUUCAUCGUUGCCUUAAGUGUCUUAUUCAGGGCAAUCAUCAUAUGUCUUCCAUACUAGACUUUUCUGAAGAUAUCCAAAUCACUAUGGUGUUUGUAAUUAAGAUAUUUUAUGUAUAUGCAUCUGCUUGCAUACAUUUGCACAUGCGUGUGUACAUAUUUACAAACAGUGUAAAACACGUUUGUUAUACCUAAUAGUUUAGCAAUAUUCUUUAUGGACACAGUAAUAUAUGUUCAUAUGUGGGUUUAGUAUAGUAUUUGCACCACUGACCGUGUUAGUUAUUCACACCGUAUAUAGCAAUCUAAGUUUUGUACUCGUGUAAGUUAUACAAUAUUGGUACGUUAUGAUACUGACAUAUAUAAAAGUGAUUAGUAUGCUUGUGAGUUGGAGUGUCAUGUAAAUGAUAUUUAUCUGCAUAUAAUGAGUAAGAUUGCGUGUGUACUUUCCGUUGUGAAUGGUAGGUAAAUGUCAUGUACUGGGAUUUGCCUUAAGUGAGGUACCAAACACGGUGAGCAAGUGAGUGUACAGUACAUUUAGUAGGUAGCCAGUUCUGUUCGUUCAACAGGAGACUCUCAAAUCCAAUAAUCAUAUAUUCUCUCGAUUACCUGUAAGUUUGUUAUAUGAAUCGGUGUAAUAUACAUGUAUGUAUGCCUUAUAUGCAUACGUGCACACAUGUAUGCUGAUUUUUUUUUUAGCUCUUUAAUAUGUCAAAAUAAUAUUGCCUAAUAGACUGUUGUAGUAUUAUAGGUUUCUUAAUAAAAUAUUACACAGAA